UUUCAGCUCAUCUGUUUGUUAAUCUAACAAUUUCAUCAUGAUGCAUCAUCAUUUUGUUUCUGCUCUAUGAUUUUCCAUUAAUUUUCUAUCGUUCUUUCAUCGAUUUAUAAACUGUUUUACUGAAAUUUACUGCUAACGGUUACAAUUCAAACGUUCGAAUUUUGCAAACAGCAAUACUUCAUUGAGGAAAAUUACCAACAGUAUGUAUGGGACGAAUGAAGUGAGCAGUACUCCAACAUUCAAUGAUGAUGAUUGGGAAGCAAUUUUUGGCAAGGAAGAUGAACUCGACAAUGUGAAGGAGCUAAAUCAGAGUGAUUUCCAACGAACUGUCUGUUCCUCGACGAAUUCCGUCGUAGCUGUUGAUAAUUCCGAAACAACUUUUGUUCACAAAACGCAAGAUAUCGUGCAUCCUGAGAAACAAGCGCAGAGUACUUUAUCAAGUAUGGUUGUGAUGGAUUUAUGUAUGAAACGUGAGCAAAAACUUCGCGCAGAAGGUAACAUCAUAGAAGCGAAUGCGUUAAGUACCGUUGGUUUCUCUGUUAUGAACCUGAUGGCAAAAGUAAUGGAGUUGCUACAGUCAAAUGAGUGCAUACAUGUUGGAAGUUUAAUGCUAGAAGCAGUAAAAGCAUCAAUGAAUAAAGGAUCGAAUGAGUGGGAGAGUUUGAUAUUAUGUACCACAAGUAUUCAUGCAUUAAUCGAUGAAGUACGGAUGAAAAACGAAGAUUUAGAUGAUAACAAACAACUGAAAGUAAAAGAUGAAACGGAAAAGAAUUUGGAUAAAAAGGAACUUGCAACGAAGUUGGCGAAUGAAAGGAAAAAACGAAAGUUGGAAGCUGCGCUUGCACGAAAACAAGAGGAAGCUAACGAAAUGCGUAAACGUCGCCGUGCGAUGCAACGAACUGAGUCACAUUCAGUCUUCUCUCCUCCAAUAACCUAUAAAGCAAAAAAUUAUAUGGAAACUUCUGAUGACGAUAAAAACACCAACAAAAACACCAUAUUAAUAAUGGCUGCGAAUAAAUACAAGAUUCGUAAGGAAGAACGACAAAGACAAACUGAAAGAAAAUCUCAGAUCAGUCAGGAGCGCAAAUGUUUACCCCAGUCAAAUGUUUCAGUCAUAUCUAACUUGCUUGAUGAUAAGAACUUCACUGGUCCUAUAAGUGCGGAAGCUUUAAUGGAAGAAUGCGAAGAAUCUGAUUCAAGCAAUUCGAUUACUUUGCCAUCAUUUCCGGUGCAAGAAGCUGCUAAUUAUAACUGUUUGCAACAAUCACAUUCGUUACUGUCUUCAAGGGGAGAGCCUACGACGUGUCAUACGUCAGAUCACAUUCGAAAUGCUCUUCCUGUAACUGGAGAAGGUAACAAUCCAAAACUUACCAAUAACAUUCCAAAUCAAUCAGCGACAUCUCCAUAUUCAUCGAUUGCUGUUAAAAACUCGAAUUCGUCCGAAAAAUUUCAGCCAAGCAUGAGUAUGAAUUCGACAAUUACCACAAAUCCAAUUAGAGCAAAGCGUGUAACUCAGUCAGCUCAAAAAUAUAAUAAUCUGAAUUUUGUAAAGAUUCGAAAAGUUGGUGCAAAGCUCAACAAAAAUACCAGCGAGAAGUUACAGCCUGAGAAAAAGAAUGUACUUUUUGUUGCUGAAGACGAAUAUUCUAUAGUCGAAGUGUCGAAUGACCCAAAUUCAACAACGGAUGCUGUAGAUAUUAUCGCAUUUCGUGAUUAUCGUAAGAAAUAUCCACGAGGAUCUGCAGUUAUGCCAGAGGAAGAGAAGAGAAAGAAAAUGGAGAAACUGCCUCCUCGUGAAUACGAUUUUUUCCUUAGUUCAGCUAUCCCUCGACAAGUUGGCAGUAUCAAUGCACGUUCCUUCUGUGAAAGCUGCGAAUUUACACGCGGAAAUAUACGUAACUGGCUCAUUGUUGGUUCAAGGUUUGAUCGUUUGAAUGAGAAUGUCUUCGAUGUGAAAAAAAGUGGUUGUCCAAAAACCCAUCUGUCUCGUGCCAAUUACCCUCCGAUUCAUUUUAGAAUAUUAUCUGAUGCUCUCACACAUCUCUCUACCGACGUUGCUGGCCUGAAAAUUUUCUUGGCUGUUGGUGAAGAUUGGAUUGUGAAAAGCUCAAUGAUACUCGAAGAGUUUACAUCAUUUAUAAGGAAAUUUGCCCAUAUUCUACACGAACUCUAUGUUAGGCAGUACACGUUACAAUGUACAAAAAAAACGGAAUUCACGGAUGAUUUAGAAAAAUUUAAAAGUGAUUAUGCCUAUGUCGAAAUGCCAACCAUCAUAUUACUAACUAUUCCUGCAAGGAAUGAUUCUGACGCGGAGAUGAAAUGUAAUUUUUACAAUGGUGCAAUUAAAGAAUUGGUGCAAAAUUGGGAUGCAACUUGUAGGAGUCCCUACUAUCAUAAUGCUACAAAGCAAUGUAUAGAAUUGAAAUUAAUUGAUUGGCGACAAAUAUGUGUUAGUGAGAAUGCAAGAAGUAACGACAGCAUGAUUACUAUUUUAAUGAAGCAUUUAAUGGAAGAGUGGGGUAUAUGUAUGACACCUACGAAUCGUUCGUAAUUUGUUACACUUUUUUUCAGAACCUUCACUUUUCAUGAUGAGAAUCUAUUUGUUAAUGUACAAAAAUCAUUUUCGUGAGAAUCUUUUCAAGCUAUCCUUUUUCUCUUUCAUAGCACCAAACGUUUAAAUUGCAGAUUUAUGAUCGGUG